CAGAGCAGACAGAGGCAGCAUGAACUCGGGCACGGUACAGUAUUGCGGAGUGAAGUGCAGUGACGAAAUUCCUUGUGUGCUUACGGAUGACAACUACUACUCCAAGAAGAAACGAUAUGUGAAAAAAGAUGGGAGCUGUAAAAUGGUUGUGCACCAUGUUCCAGAGAAGUGGCUUCUCUGGGUCACUGACAUCUUCACCACCCUGGUGGAGAUCCGCUGGAGAGUCAUGUUUUUGACAUUUGCCUUCUCCUACAUUUUAUCAUGGCUCUUUUUUGGAAUUUUGUUCUGGAUCAUUGCUUUGACCCACGGAGAUAUGAAAGACCCCACCAAUGAUCCAUGUGUUUAUGAGGUUCGAAGUUUUACAGCUGCUUUUCUAUUCUCAUUAGAGACCCAGACCACCAUUGGUUAUGGCUUUCGGGGGAUGUCUGAGAACUGCAUGAUUGCCAUUAUUGUAGUAACCAUCCAAGAUGUCAUCAGUGUCUUCAUUGACACUAUUGUCAUCGGUAUCGCAGUUGCAAAGAUGGCAUCUGCCCGUAAGAGAGCCCAAACGGUUGGAUUUAGCAAUUGUGCGGUGAUCAGCUUGCGUGACGAUCACCUAUGUCUGUCAUGGCGGGUUGGGGACUUCCGAAGGAACCACAUGGUAGAAGGAAUGGCUCAUGCACAGCUGGUACGCCACCUAGCACACUGUACAGGAAAAGUUAACGUUACAUACAAAGAUCUCAACAUUGAAGAGAAGAACAUCAUCCUGGCCACCCCAACGACUAUAGUUCAUAAAAUCACCCCUGGCAGUCCUCUAUAUAAGGUGAGCUGUAAGGACCUAAGGAAAGAGAACUUUGAGCUGGUGGUCUCUUUCACCUAUACAGACGACUGCACAGGCAUCCUUCACCAGACACGCACAUCCUACACUCCAAGUGAGAUUCUGUGGGGCCAGCACUUUCAGGAGAUGAUCAGGGUCACCCACAGGAACUACAGAGUGGACUACGCCCUGUUCAACCACACAGUUAAAGUCCUGGUCCCAGAAUUAAGCGCAGAGGAGUAUGACCUAAAGAGGUCCUCUCAACAGCCAAAACACAAACCACUCCACCUAAGUUCUCCAACAGCAGCUGUGGAAUUGGUUAAUGGGAAUAGUCUUGAGGUAGAAAAAGCAUCAACCAGCAGUGCUGUCCAAGAACACGAGCUAUAACAGUGGCCUUGAUACAUCCUGACUUUGCUAUAGCACUUUGAAAUAGGGCUUCCUCAUAGGGCAUCACUAUUGUAAGAAAUAAUGCACUUAU